AUGCCCCAUCAACUAAUACCCGAAGUAUAUAAGCGAAGGAGAAAGCAACUUCAAGAUGAUUUGGUUAAUCAAGUCAGCUUCUUGGGUUAUGCAGUUAUUGUUUUGCACUACUUAAAGUUUGGGUCCUCAACAUUGACGCUCAUAUUGAGGCUUUGCAUUCAGUCUUUACUCACCAGCCCUUAUCCUUCUGAAUUUCAAUUAAGGCGGCUUACUUUUUCUGCCCAAAGCAGGACAAUUCCAGGGCUCAGAAGGGAUAAUGGCGCCAGUGUGCCACAGACAAUUAACCGCAGCGGCACGCGAAUCCCUGGAACAUUCACCCCCUCCGAUCAACCAGCCAUUGAGCAUGAGACAGAAGUUGAGACCGAAGACAUAUCUGAUAGGCUGCGCCAUAACAUACGAUGGAUUCUUUUCCAUUGUUCCUUUACAGUCAAUUUCAUCCUGAUUAUGCUGUCUAUCAUUUGGCCAAUCGAUUUCCAGGCAAAAGUUGGGGAGUACAGAUUGAACGAAAAAGGCCUUAGUGACGUGCCGUCUCCCUUCAACAAUCAUAACGGCUUAGUAGGCGGUGAGCUUAGAGGCCGAAUAUUCAUUCAGUUCAUCGGCGAACGAGUGUCAUCCAGCAACUUUCGAGAAAAUCUUGGUUUACUCUUUUUGGAAGUGCUUAUAUUUAUCUGUCAGUUUGGCCUUUAUCUUUUGACGUGUUAUAACCUGGCCAAACCGCCUAUAGAUGCUUUCACGUCAGAAGACUCCGAUGCUGUUAGAGAAAAUGACAUUGAAUAUGGGGGCUACGGCGGAAAUGUGCUGGCAACUACCGUCGACCCUAUGAAAGUGUUUGACCACAUCCUGCAAGAAAGGUAUGCCCGGCCUUUUUCUCGCCCAACAGGCAGUGAAGCUGUUUGA